UCUCUACGACUUUUCUACUUUCUCCCAAUUUUCUUUCUCUUUCUUUUGUUUUUAAUUUCGUUUAUUCUUAAUUUUUUGACUCUCGAUACUCUUUUGUGCUUCUCGGACGAUAACGCAUCGCGUUGCUUUAUCGUUAUCAAUUUGACGAUUAUAAUAUUUUUACUUAUAUCUAGAUCGAUUAGAUGAUGAUCUCCGAUCGUUGAGCUGUUAUCAAAAAAUUACGUGAUAGCGUACGUGCGAUAAGUGCAAUUUCGAUUCAGCGACGCGCACAGGCGUAUCAGAAUUGUACGUGAUUCGGAUUAUCCACGUUAACCGGACGAAUGUGAGUCAAGAAAUUUUGGACGGAUUGGAUUUUCGGAUAAUUUUGAAAAUGUGAUGCAUCUUCCUUUUUCGGAUGGCUUUUUUUCUGUGUGAAGUGUAAAGUGGAUUGAUCGAUUUUGUGAUGUUUUCGAUGUUUGUCAAGUGUUGUUUUGAAAAUGGUUGUAAGAUGUGAAAAGGUGCGUGAUAACGCCUCCUGAAAGAAGAGGCUUUGGGUUUCUGUUAUCACUUUUUUUUUUUUUUUUUAAGUAAUCGAAUCUUAAAAAUCCAAAAAUAAAGAAUCGACAAAGCUCGAAAGUGAUAGUGUCAACGUAUAGAAAAAUGUGAAAAAUUACGUGAGAGUCAGUUACGCGCGAAGCAACUACCAAGGAUUCUGUGAUCCUUGACCGUCAGGAGGAUCGUCAGGAGGCUUCCUGCGGGCAGCCUGAUUUAUUGGCAGGAUGAGUGUCCUGCUUUGGCGACAACGUAGAGCCAGUCUACGAUCUACGAUAACCGCGAUUUCUGGAUCGAGGGAGGAUGAAGAGUGGAGCGACUCGGAGAAGACUCCGUCUGUGAGCAGCGGGAUAGAGGGUGGCGGAUCAGCAGUAUCGAGCCCUGCGGCACCACCUGUUGAGGAGGAACCGAAUCUUCCGCCACCUCCAAGACUUAAUCCUUCCGGUACUGGCUUACCACCGACUUCCGCCGCAGAGGACUUCCGGUUGCGACUCAGCGUCCUCUCCGAGGACACUCGUAAGCGGUUAGUCAGCCUUACUGAGGAUAUCGAGGCCGCUAGAGGAUUACGAGAACGUCAUGCCUCCUCGAGGUCGACGCAGGGUCGCGAACCAAGUCCCAAGAAGCCCCAAUCAGACCCCGACGAGGAUGGCAACGUUCCUAAGGAUGAGGACACAUCAAGACCUUCGUCCUCGAUAUCAUCGUCGCGAAGGAGGGAGGCGAGGAGGGACUCCGAAGACUCGAGACGCUCCGACGAGCCUCCAAUAGACUCUAAGAGGACGAAACUCGACGACGAUGCUGCCCCGAGACUGAGACUGAAUGCUAGUCUGGCAACGGACCCUGCACUCCGGCCAGCUACCGUUGCCGCCCUUACUAUCAAGCCUGAGAACAUCUCCCCUCCGAAUCCCGCAGCACCACUUUCUGCAGGACUUCAAAAUGCUAUUGCAUCAGGUCGCUUAUUCGUUCUGCCAACCGACGGGAAGGAAACGAUAACCGUGGAACCAGCAAGACCAGCUCCUCUCAUCUGUCCACCUUGUGGUAUACGAUUUAGUUCCGCAAGCACCCUGGAAGCUCACCGGACCUUCUACUGUGCGCACAGACCUCGCGUCGAUGAGGAACCGACGAACGACGACGACGAGGAGAAGACUGGUGGAAAGUUUGAAGUCCGCAAGGCUUACGCCUGUCCGCACUGUUCCUAUAGCAACGACAAGAAGGUUUCCUUGAAUCGGCACAUGAGGAUGCACGCGUCGUCGCCGGUACCGCCACCUGUGCCGGCAGCACCUUUAACUCCCGGUACCGGAAAUGCUGCUAACGGUUCGUUGAAUGAGGAGGCUGAGAGAUACUGUCGCAAUUGCGACAUCAGAUUCAGCUCCUUAAAAACGUAUCGCGCUCACAAAACGCACUACUGCAGUACCAGGCAUGUUGUCAAGGACGUUCCUCCUCCGGUUAAGGCCUCACCACCGACGAGUUCGAGUCCUGGGGACUCGCCACCACCUCAGCCAUGUCUAGCGCUUCCGACAAAUCCUAUCCUGAUUGUUCCCUAUUCCUUGUUCCGAGGCGCGAGCGUGCUGGCUGCUCCUGCUCUUCCUGCUCCCGAUACAGCGUGCUUCCUUCUACCAAACGGGUCCCUACAGCCGAUGACGAGGACUCUGUCUGCGCCACAAACCACCACCGAGGCUCCGGCUGUCCUCAGGGCAGCCAACAAGCCUUCCACGCCUGCAUCUGUCGUCGCUGCUACGUCGCCAUCCUCAGCAACGGCUCCUCUAGAUCUCAGUGUUAGACGAUCGCCAGUUCUACAGGAUGAAAAGGAGAAUAGAGUCUCGCCGGCACCGUCCUUACCUCCGCCAGGAAGUCCUAGGUCUCGUGGUAGUAGCAGUCCAAGGACACGAUCGUUACCAACUGCACAGACUGGUUCUGCACCUGCCCCGCCACCCACAGAGUUGGCAUUAAGAUUGGCUGAACUGCCACCACCUCCCGUUCCUAGUGUUCUCGUCAAGCAGGGUGUAUCCAGAUGCAAAGAGUGCAAUAUAGUCUUCUGUCGGCAUGAGAAUUUCGUGGCGCAUAAAAAGCAUUACUGCCAAGCAAGGGAAAGUACUGUCAGUAGUCCACCUCCACCUGGAACUCCUUCACCGCCGUUGGUGCAGCUAAUUUGUGCCGCUUGCGGUAUUAAAUUUGCCUCGAUGGACAACUUAGUGGCACAUCAAGCCUUCUACUGCCCCAAGAAGCCCGAACCAAAGGAACAUCAUUCACGUUGUCGCAAGUGCAAGGUCGUAAUCGAACCGGGCACAACCCACACAUGUUCGAGUGGACCAACAGGAGGCUGGAUAUGUCCAGUAUGCGGGGCCAUAAGUCCCACAGCUGGCGCAGCCCAGCGUCAUAUGGACGCUCAUCAAGGUGUCAAGGCGUUCCGAUGUACAAUUUGUCGGUACAAGGGUAACACUCUGAGGGGUAUGAGGACGCACAUCAGGAUGCACUUUGAAAAACGUGGCACGGAUCUUCAGGAGGAAAACUAUAUAAUCUGUGUUCUCGAAGACGACACAACUGUUCCGACGUCGGAACCAGCGCCUGCAACCACACCGGAAGAGAUCCCAGCGGAGGCUCAGGUCAAUGGUAAAACGGAAGUGCGAAAGAGUCCUCAGCCGCCGGCAACUUCCGUACCGAGCAAAGUGAAGCAGGAACGCGAAGACACCCCACCACCGGAAGAAAGUCUGGAUCCCAGUAAAACUGGGCCGCGUUACUGUCGCUCCUGCGACAUAAGCUUCAAUUACCUGAGCACUUUCAUAGCCCACAAGAAAUUUUAUUGCUCGAGCCACGCCGGCGAAGUGAGCAACAACAACAACAACAACAACAACUCGAGUAGCCACGCGACAACACCACCCAGUAGCAGGACUGAAGCAUCUGUACUUUAGAUUAGGCGAGUCUCGGCACGUGCGAAAUCCUAAUCCUCGACUUCCUUCCGGUUUAUGAAGAAGUUUCUAGUUUGCGAAGUCGAGGAUCACCCCCAGGUGUCACCGCGAGUAAUCGUAGGACUGUUAAUUGUUGCCAGUUUAUAUAUAGAGUAAUAUUGAGUAUCAAUUUUUAGUUGAAUACGUUGUGUGAUGUUUUUUCUCUCUUUUUUUUUUGUUGAUCCAGGGAAUUGUUCGUACUUAUAUGUAUAAGAGCAACUUUCAAGGUGUACAUAAGCAUUACAUAUGUACGCACAAUGAUGCAAUUAGAAGGAACGAGCGAUAUUCGAAAUACGAUAGGAUCUUGCAAGACGCUCUGGCAGUUGAACUUGACCUUAUCCCCAAUGAUAUUUUGUACCUUUUUCUGAAAUAAGGUAAAAUCUGCACUCUUAACGAAAUUUUCAACUAUAUCCGCCAGAGCCUCUUACGCGGAUCAGGAUACUUCAAAGUCGUCCUGUAUAUAGAUAUUCGUGUAGAAAUGGCUAGUAGAGCGAAACGACGCAACGCGUCGAGACGCUCGCAUAACAUUCUGGGGCAUAAGACGGAGUUAGGAGCGCGAGUUACGCGUUUCCGGUCUCAAAAUUCCUUUCUUACUUCUCUUCCGUUUUAUCAAAACGGCCCAGACGAGGGUGUGCAAUCUCAUGACUCUUCAAUAAUCUCGUAGGAGUAGUCGAAACAUACCUAAGGAAACGAUAUAAAACGAAGACGGACAAAAAAUACAAAAACACGUUACGAGUAAGUAAUCUUCAUAAGUGACACACGCACACACAACACAUCGUACACAGGAUAAAUAUUACGAAGCGCUAAAGUGAGUGUAAAAUGUUGUACAGUAGAGGAGUAGAGUAUUACAUACGAUAAUAACAAUCCUGAAUGAUACCAAUCUCAGCUUGUGAAUCUGUUAAAUUACGUUGCAAUAUAACAUUUAAUAUAUAUUAUAAAUAUAAAUGAAUGGUUAAACGCCUAUAAAUAAAGAGUAAUUGAAAAAAAAAUCAUGAAGGGCGGUCACGGCUGAUCCGGUGCAUUCCAAGGAAAUUGGAUUCUUUUUAGACGAAAGACAAAAAAUAAAGGAAACAAAUAAAUAAAGCACCGUACAUAGAGACACGCGUUACGCGACUACGAUUUUUAUUAUAGUGUGUUAAACGAAUGAAUUCGCGCGGGUGUCUUUACUGGCGGAUGUUGUUCGAAUGUAUCUAUAAUCAAAAGCACCGUGAGGAGGAUUUAAUUCGUACCGGUGGUGUUCCGUGUAAGCGCCGCCGAAUCGCAUAAGUGUAUAAAUUAGAAUUAAGGCCAGUGUUACAUGUAUACGCAGUGUACUACUCAUAUCACAGGAUGAGAAUCAUCAUCGAGAAUCCGCAGGCUUCUCAGUAGCCCUGAGAACCCAUAUUUUAAUGCAUUUCUACUUUUUUCUCUCUUUUUUUUGAAGAUCUCUUUGACCCCGAACUUUCAUUCAUUUCUUUGUCGUUCUAGAAUUUUUGGACAUAAUUUUAUUUUAUCGCCGUAACAUGACAAGACUAACGGAAGUA